AAAAAAACUAAUGGUUGUUUUCAAAGAAAGUCAAUCUUCUUUCGUAUUCCAUAUUGGAAAAGUCUACUAGUUCGACAUUGUUUGGAUGUCAUGCAUAUUGAAAAAAAUGUGUGUGAGAGUAUUAUUGGUACCUUACUUGAUAUUCACGGCAAAACUAAGGACGGUCUAAAUAGUCGCUUAGAUCUCGUUGAAAUGGGUAUACGACAAUCUCUGGCACUUGAGAAGAAAGGUGAACGUUUAUAUUUGCCUCCUCCUUGUUUCACUUUGUCCAAAAAAGAGAAACAAACAGUUUGCAAAUCACUUGCAAAUAUGAAAGUACCCGAUGGUUACUCGUCUAACAUCAAAAACUUGGUGAAUGAGACUGAAUUGAAACUAAUGGGUCUGAAAUCACAUGAUUGUCAUGCGUUAAUGCAACAUCUACUUCCAAUUGCCAUUAGAUCAGUCUUGCCAAAAAAUGUUCGAGAGUGUUUGACACAUGUUUGCAUUUUCUUUAAUAGGCUGUGCGGGAAGGAAUUAGAAUUGGAUAAGUUAGAUGCAUUACAUGAACAUGUAGUCAAAACAUUGUGCAACCUGGAAAAGUUUUUUCCGCCAUCUUUUUUCGACAUCAUGAUCCAUUUAAUGGUUCAUCUAGUGAGAGAAGCAAGGCUGUGUGGGCCGGUGUGGGCGAGAUGGAUGUAUCCAUUUGAAAGAAAUAUGAAGGUACUUAAAAGUUAUGUGCGUAACCACUAUCGGCCAGAAGCAUGUAUGGUUGAGUGCUACAUAUCUGAAGAGGCUGUGGAAUUUUGUUCAGAGUACAUGGCUGGAGUUGAGGCAAUAGGAAUUAGCAAACCAAGAACUGACCUAGAUGAUGUUGAUAGAGGAUUAAGGGGGAAAGGGACAAUGGUGACAGUGUCCAAGCUUGAACUAGAUCAAGCUCAAUUAGUCGUGAUGAACAAUAACGCAGAGGUUCAACCAUAUAUAACUGACCAUAUGGAGCUGUUACAAUCAAUGGUUCCAAGAAAUCAAAAAAAUAAACAAAAAUGGGUUGCAGACCAACAUCGUCAAACUUUCAUUGGGUGGUUAAGGAAUACCAUUAUAUCAAAGUUGAACGAACCGAAUCAUGGAGUAUCUGAUGUGUUGAGUCGUAUUGCCCUUGGACCAACUUUUGCGGUUGCAAAGCAUGAAGCGUACAUUGUAACGGGUAAACGUUUUCAUACAAAGUAA